UUAAAAGAAAACCUGUUUAUUACACAUUUUUUUCUUUUAUAAGAAUGUGAGAGGUUUCGGGUUAAAAUCAAAGGUGUAUUGUUUAGAAAAAUAGAGAAAUAAAAAUAACUAUCAAGCCUGGUUAGAAUUCUGAUAUUUAAAAAAACAACCUAAUAAUAGCUAACCAGGUGUUCUUAAAUUGUCUAAAUCAAGACAUGGAGUAAUUUGUCGUGUUGCUUGAUUGUACAAAAAACUUUAGUUAAAUCGGAAAUUAUCACUGAUUCUAACUUAUUCGUGAUAAUUUUCGUGUGGAUUAAUUUUCGAUGCAUAGCAAUAGGAACGUAUUGAUUUAAUAACACCACAAAUGAGAGAAUAAUAAAAAAGUUCAGGAUUUUCCACAAAGUGUAAACGCGUUUCUAUUUUUUUUAAUUUUUGUGCAAAUAGACAUUUUGCGCAAAAUUUCUAAACAAUAUUUUGCGCACUGAAGUAUUUUUUUGCGCGAAUAUUUAAUUUUAAAGACACGCAUCAGAGUUCUUCUUUUUUUCUUUUUUGUUUAAUUCCAUUUUUUAUUUACCAUAUCAUAGGCGCAGUCUACCUUUUUUGUGAACCAUUUUUGUAAGUUCCAAAAAUAAUUUGUGUCGUAAAAGGUACGUUUCGUUUUUUCUAAUUAAAAUAUUCAUUUUUUUCUUGUUAAACCCGACCCCUGUAGGAUGUUAGAAACUCCUGGAAAGCUUUUUAAAUUUCUGGCUGGGGUUCCUUUAUUUUGGCAGCUUGGGGACGACUUUACUGUCGAAAUUGUUUUCAACAAAAUUAUUUUUCAAUAGCCAAUCAGAAUAUCGAAAACGCUGUCAUCUUUAGUAACAUGGGGAUGCAGCACAUUCACAAACAACGUCGAAAUGGCUACAGAAAAAAAAUAAAAACUCGUCAGGUUGAUAUUCGUAUAUUUGAAAACAAAGCUGGAAUAAUUGAAGCGGUAACGUUAUAACAAGUGUACCGACGUGGUUGCUAUAGUAACUAAAUAAUUUAUGUCAUGAAUUGAAUGAGGCGCCAGUGUGGAAAGAGUGAUCAAAUUGAAGAUAGAACUUGUGGCUAUAUAACUAUCAAAUGUUUUUCAAAUUAUAUUAGUUAACACGUGUCGAAGUUUAUAUGUUUUUAUACAAAACCAAAUCAAAAACUAUUUUCCAAAAAGGUGUCUACUGUUAUAGAUUUUUCUGUGGUUAAUCUUAUAAUUAUGACGUGGCUUUUACUUUUUAAGGCGUACUACACAAGUGCGCAAAGCUACUUCAAAGAAGAAAGACUAUGAUAUUUCAACAAUAACGCCCAAUGUUGUCCACUAGCGCCCAAUUUCUGCAGCAAGUUUUACGCCCCAACUGAACGUAAGACGCUUUUUAAUAAGCAACACAAAAUUUUGGUUAAGUCUUGAUGUUGCUUAAGUUUUCGUAUUUUUACAAACUGGACUGUUUAUUUCUUAUGCUGUUUUUGUUACCAUUCUCGACCCCAAAUCUCUGUGAGAUAGGUUUUACUUAAAGAGCUUUGGGGCGAGAGUGUUAGCUAUCCAUCCAGGAAGACCAAAUUCACGUUUUUACUUGAUCAUUUAGGCUGGUGUGUUCCUAUCGUUUUAAAGAACAACCUCCUCCGGCGCCAGUUUUUUUAUCUCGGGACGGCGAAAUCCGAAAAAAUACAAAAUACCUUGGGGACGAGGUUAAUUAAAGAGGUCUCGAAAUUAUAAUAAUUUUUUUGUCCUGUUUAUUUACUGACUUACUGAUAAAUUGCUUCGUUUUUUUGAAAGAUUUUAGUCGCGUGCAGUUGUGAAGUGAUGAUUUGUCAAAUCUCUAGAAAAUUACCCUUGUGAGGUCUGUAAGUAAAAUUUACGAUAAAUUAUCAAAGUUUAUUAGAAAAUGAUUGACACACAACCUCUUUCUCACGCUCUUUUGAGUACUAAAAUGUUUUCACUCCCUAUUAACCUGCCUGUUUGGCGUGUACGUUUUGAUAUUGAUAUUUGCGGGAAGAACAGCAAUGUAUUAUUGCACAAUUUAAAACCAGGGAACGCCUUACUAGAAGUGUGUAAUUACCAACAUUCAGUAAAACGUCACUUUUUAUAAAACACUGUAUAACAUGGAUGUAGAUUACACCCUUUGAAUUAUGAUAUUUUUUUUGGUUUGAGGCUGGUCAUUCUUAAUAGCCUAUAUUUUUGAACUUCAAUUACUUUUUAAAGGAUUUGAAAAGCACAGUCCUAUUAUCUUGCUUCCGGUCGAUUUUAGGGAAAAAAAUAGAAGAGAUUUGCGCGCUUAAUCUUUCCUUAAAGCUUUCUUAAAGGGGACACGUCCUACUAAUUUCACACAAAUUUUAUCAAUCAUAAUUAUGAUUUAGCGAAUCGAGGGUGAUUGGAAUCAGGAAAUUUUCCUCUAGCGUAGGUUAGUCGUAAUUUCACUGUGGUCAGUUCAAAAGACUAUUUUAUUUAAGUAAGUGUGGCAAUGGUUGUUGUUUUGCACAGCAGUUUCACGAUGUUCUUAACAAAAAAACAGACCGCAGAUCACGUUUUAUGACUCGUUAUAAUUUCGGAGACGGAUGGACGAGACUGAGAGACGUGUUAACGGCAAUUGGAGACGCAUUGUGAAGUUCUGGAGACAUGUUGACAAGAUUGGGAUUGUGGAUUAUAUUAAAAAUGUAUCGUUUGAUACUUAAUUCAUUAGUUUUUCAGGGUUUCAACUGUGCUCUCCCCCGUUGUGUCAUCACAAUUUAACAGUGCUCUUUGUCGUCGUUUGACAUAUCCUGUUUUUAUCGAUAUCCCAAACACAAUUAUAACAAACAUGUUUUUAAGUAUUUCCUUAAUCGAGACAUGGUUGUCACAUAAAUUGACAGCUAGUGGUUCAUGCUUUAAAAUUGAAAUACUGACUCAACAGUCUGCUUCAAUAGAGUCUGGAAAUGAAAGUGGUCAGUUGUCAAAAAACGAUGAUUUAUAAUUAGCAUAUAAAUACAAUAUAUAAUCCAUAAGUGUCGAGCCUGCGAUGUAUGGUUGCCUCACUCACUGAUCAUGAACGCACACUGGCUUGUAUUCGUCACUGUUCUAAUUUAUCAGGAUGCCUCAUUUGCGUGCAAGUGUUUGCGCAAAACGUUACAUGAGGCAUACUGCCAAUCGGAUUUCGCUAUACUUGCAAAAAUUAAAACUGGCAUGAGAAUUCGACCAGCGAAUAUUUACAUAGUAAAUUUCGAAGUAGAAGUCAAAAGAAUAUUCCAUCAACCAAACUCAAACAUAUUUACUAAAGGCGGGAAAAAGAUUAUCUUCUCGCCACGUACAACGGCCAUGUGUAACGCACAUGUUCGACGAAACACACUGUAUCUUCUAGGUGGAAGUAUAAAACGAAACAAAGUUUACGUCACCAGUUGCGGGUUACUCUCGAAAUGGACGAAACUCUCGAAACAUAUGCGAAAAGCGUUUCGUAAAAAUAAACUUUCAUGCAACUGCAUGGUCACUGGUUGCCAUAGUAAUCGCUGCCUUCGACAUUAUGGUGGUCAGACGAAAGCUGGCAAGUGUCGUCGUGUGUCCACGCAUAAAAGAAAAUGUUUUGAAAGUAACGGUAUUUGUAUUCAAGAUGGUGGAGUUUGUAAAUUUUCAAAAUAUUCGUUAGAAAGAAUCAACACUUGUUUGGGGAAAAACAAGACAAGAGAAAGCGAAGCGAAGAAGGACAGUUUAGCAAAAGCAAAAUGAGAUAAUCGAGAAUAAGAAUAAUCGGAGUAAAAUUUGGUGACAAAAAUGACCAAUCAGAUUAUCUGAUUGGUGAGAUAAAUCAUCACUGGACCUGUACAUAAAAACCUUAGUGUCCAGACAAUGAAGAGAUUUGGGUUCUGGAAAAUAGUUGAAUAAGUGAGACAAUAUACUGUGAAUAUUACGUAUUACGUCGGGUCGAGGGUGAUAUAAUAUGAAGAAAAUUGAAUAUAAUCAUGCUGUUUUCGAAUUCUUCAUUUUCCUUUGUGCAUUUUCUAAAUUCAUCAGUUUUUACAGAGAAAAA